AUUAGGUUUUUGCAGUAGUUCCUGUGUUCCAAUAUCACCCCACCCCACUUUUCACAAGUGGAAAAACAAGUGAAAUGUCAGAAAAAAAUUAGUUUUUUUUAAAGAAUUGUGUUCACUCAUUCAUCUCCUUAUCAUCUUCAUUGUGAACACGUAUCCAAAAAAAUUUUUUUCGCCCCCGCUUUAAGAACUUUUUAUUAAAAUGGACGAAGAAGACGAACUUAAACCUCGUAACUACCAAGUCAAUUUGAUGGAAAUUGCCAUUCGGGAAAACACAAUUAUUUAUCUACCGACUGGAUCGGGUAAAACUUUUAUUGCAAUAAUGGUUUUGAAGCAGUUGUGCGCCCCCAUAUUGAGACCCUACAGCGAUGGUGGAAAGAUUUCAGUUAUAUUGGUUAAUUCUGUGGCUUUGGUGGAUCAACAUGGUAAGUAUGUAAGAGACCACGCCACGUUCAGUGUGGGAACUUACACUGGAGAGAUGAAUGUGGAUUUUUGGAGCGAGGCAGAAUGGGAACAGCAAUUUAAUAAGUAUCAAGUUGUUAUAAUGACCAGCCAAAUCAUGGUAAAUCUCAUCAACAACCGCUUCAUAGAUUUGGGAAAAGUAAACUUGAUGAUUUUCGAUGAAUGCCACCAUGGUGUGGAAGACCAGCCAAUGCGCCAGAUAAUGAAACACUUCCACAGCUGUACCGACAAGCCUCGAGUUCUUGGUCUUACAGCCACGUUAUUAAAUGGCAAUUGCAAAUUGUCGAAAGUCAUGGAUGAAAUAAGGUCUUUGGAGGUGACCUUCCACAGUAAAGUGGCCACUGUGGAAGGAUUAGACGUAGUUGUUGGAUAUUCGACCAAUCCGCAAGAACUAUUUAAAGUUUGCCAGCCGGGCGCUUUGUCGCUUGAUGCCAAACAAGUACUGAACAACUUGCGUCAACUGAUAAAUGAUUUGGAACAUAUUAAUAUCAAAGAUGAGCAAAACAGUGUGAAUUUAUUACAGUCUGAAACCUUGAAACCGCUUGAGCCAUCCGAUGUGUUGAAAAGUCUGAGAAACUUGAUUUCAGACCUAAUGAUUCACAUUGAAAUGUUAGGGGCAUUCGGUGGUCACAUUGCCUGUGUGGCGCAUAUGAUCCAAAUAGAACGUAUAAAAAAGCACUGCCAGAACCACCAACUCUUCAUAGUGUUGAAUUACGUCAUGACCAUAAUGGGGACGACAAAACUACUUCUGGAGGAAACCAUGGCCGGUUAUGAGCCGCUCGAAAAAAUUCGAAAAUUCUCCUCUGACAAAGUACUGAAAGUGUUUGAAAUUUUGGACGAAUACAAAACCAAAUCGGACGAGGAACUUUGCUGUUUAGUCUUCACCAAAAGGCGGUUCACAGCCAAGGUCCUCCACCACAUUAUCGACAAAGCUAGCCAAGUUGAUCCCAAAUUCUAUCAUAUCAAGUCAAAUUUCGUCGUUGGAAAUAAGAAUAAUCCCUACAACGACACCCGAGAGAAUUUAUAUAUAACAAAAAAGAACCGAGAGGUGCUCAACAGCUUUGUCAGCAAGGAAAUCAACGUUUUGGUCAGCUCGAACGUGUUGGAGGAGGGAGUGGACAUACCUAAGUGCACUCUCGUCAUCAAAUUCGACAAAUCGGAGGACUACCGUUCGUAUAUCCAGUCGAAAGGACGCGCAAGACAUAUCAAAAGUUUAUACUACACCAUUGUAGAAACGACUGACGUAGCAAAGUACGAUAAAAAAUACUCCGCUUUCAAGGAAAUCGAAAACCUGGUGAAUGAUCUUCUCAUCGGCAAAAAUUCUGAAAGAGAUCAUCCAAACUUGUCGGAAAUCCGCAACAUGUAUAAUGAAGACAAGCUUGAGCCCUACUACGUAAACGGCCCCAAUUCGGCACAAGUAAACAUGACCUCGGCCGUAGCUCUCUUGUGCCGUUACUGCAGUAAUUUAGCAAGUGACAAAUACACCACUUACGCCCCUGAGUGGUAUUAUGAAGAGGAUUCUAGCAGCGCAAAAUUGCGGGUUGUGAUAUUUUUGCCCGUUGUGUGCCCUCUUAUCGACCCCAUUGUCGGCCCUUACAUGCACAACAAAAAAGACGCAAAAAGAGCAGCCGCACUAGUCGCAUGUAUAAAGCUACACCAGUGCGGCGAACUUGACAAUAAUUUGUUGCCAUGGAAGAAGCAGUUGGAUGAAGCCGAUGUUUCCUAUCUUUUCACGCACUGGCCACAAGAAAAGGAAAGCGACGCCGGAAAUAAGAAAAAGAAGAGGUUGCACGAUAAAGAGAUCGCUCCGAGUGUGAAGAGUGCAAUCCAGCCGGACAGAGUCCUCUAUUUGCACACUAUUAACAUAAAUCCGCAAUACAAAAGAAGCGACGAUUUGAAAAACGCGGUCACUAUUUACGACCUGUACAAAACACCGUUAAAGUUUGGUUUGUUAUCGCCGAAACCGUUGCCCGAUUUGUGCAAAUUUCCCCUCUUUGAUUCAAAUGGAACGUUGGAAAUUGAAAUUAGGAACAAUGUUAGAGAGGUGGAGUUUGCAGCUAACGAGAUGAAGGAAAUGAGGGAGUUCCAUUUUUUGGUAUUCAACGACCUUUUGGAGAUUCUGAAAGAGUUUUUAAUUUUCGACAACACUGGGAUGAAUUCGGAGAUGUUGCUUGUUGUACCGGUUCAGGAUCGGUGUGGGGAUGUUUGCGUCGAUUUUCGAGUGAUUCGAGACAAUAAAAAUUUGAAAAAUAAGCUCGAACCGGCGGCUACGGAACGCAUAAAUUUGAACGUAACUGAGGAAACUUACUUACAUAAGAUUGUCUCUCCGUGGUAUAGAUCGCCACCAAAGAUGUACGUUGUGACGAAGGUUUGUCCUGAUAAGAGCGCCCUGAGCCGGUUUCCUAACCACGAAUAUCCCAAUUUCGUGUCGUAUUACUCCGAAAAACACUCUUUGUCGAUAUUGGACCCUUCGCAACCGCUGCUCUUGGUUAAAGGGCUUUCCGAACGGUUGAACGCUUUCAAACCGAGAGGUGCCGGUGGCAAGAGAAAGAAGGAAAAGAUGUAUGAAGAAUUGGAAGAAUAUCUAAUACCAGAGCUGGUGAUCAAGCAAGAAUUUCCGUCGUGUUUGUGGAUACAAGCGCGAUUUUUGCCAAGCAUUUUAUCCCGCUUGGCUUACCUUCUAAAACUGCAACAACUCCAAGUUGACAUAGCUCGUGGUAUUGGGGCCAAAGCCGAAUAUUUGAAAGACUGUCCGCCGCUGGAGUUAAACCUCCACUUAUUGCAUUAUGAGCCCAAUGACCCGCAACUAACGCAAGAAUCAGACAAGUCCACUCCUUUGAUUGACAAUUGCCUUGCGUUGGAGUGCCCGAAAAAUUUGCGAACGAUUCAAUACAAUAAAGAUUUUGCGGCGAAAAUGCUGGAAGCGGAGUACUACUGGAAGACUAUUGAAGAACCCAAAGACAUAGAGCGCAAUAUUAACGUGACUGUUAUGGAUAUAGAGUAUUACGAGACUUUUAUUUCGCAUCAGCCUUCCAAAACCGGGCGUUUGUUGAAGAAUGACAGCCCGGUUAAGCAACAGAAUGUGCCCGCUAUUACGUACGAUUGCCAAUUUGAAGCGAAACAAUUGCAAAUUCUGGACGUACAAUUCGACAAUCAGAGCCCGAACUUGUGCCAGAUUUAUCAAGCCUUGACGGCAGCUGAAGCCAACGAUAUCGUCAACCUCGAACGGCUUGAAACCCUCGGCGACUCUUUCUUAAAAUUCGUAGCUUCCUUGUACAUUAUUUUCAAAUUUCCGACCUACAACGAGGGCAAAUCGACCACUCUCAAAGGGAAGCUGGUCAGCAACAAGAAUUUGUACUACUUGGGAGUGAGGAAAAAUCUGGGCGGUAUUUUGAAAAACAGCGACUUGUCCCCGAGCGAUUGGGUCCCUCCGUGCUUUUGCAUCCCACAAACAAUCAGCAAAGCAAUCGGCAAUAAAGAGUAUUCAGUAGUCUCGUUAUUUAACUGUUGCAUUUCGCCGGAGGAGCAAGUUUCAGGUAACUUGAACCGAAAGACUUUGAGCGAUAUGACAACGGAAGAAAUUGCCCCGGAUGAGGAAAAUUCGUACGGCAAUAUGUGCAACUUUUUGAACAAACAAUACGUUGGUGAUAAGAGCAUAGCGGACUCUGUUGAGGCCCUCCUAGGCGCCUACUUUCUAAGUGGCGGGAUUCAAGGCGGGAUCAAAUUCAUGGAAUGGAUCGGCAUUUUGCCCCUUUCUGAACAAAUCCAACGCCUGAUCGAAACCACUCAAGUCGACCCCGUCCUCAAUAAAAAAUCCACGAAAACUGAUGUCGAUUUCCACAUGCCACAGUGGCGCGAAAUCGAGCAACGUCUCGGUUAUACGUUUACCAACCGGGCGUUUUUACUCCAAGCUUUAACUCAUUCUUCCUAUUCGCCGAAUCGCAUAACACUGAGCUACGAACGGUUGGAGUUUCUUGGUGAUGCUGUGCUUGAUUUCCUCAUCACGUGUUAUAUUUUCGAACAUUGUGGGCAUUUGGAGCCGGGUCAAGUGACCGAUUUGCGGUCAUCCCUUGUCAACAAUAACACGUUCGCAAGCCUUGUUGUCCGAUGCGGGUUUCACAAGUUUUUGCUCAUGAUGAAUUCGAAUUUGCAAGGUCAUAUUGACAAGUUUGCCGAUUACCUUGCUUCAAAAAAUUACGUGAUCGACGAUGAAGUUCUGAUUUUGUUGGAGGAGGAUGAGAUGAAUAUCGCCGAGUACGUCGAUGUGCCUAAAGUUUUGGGUGAUAUUUUCGAAGCCCUUGCUGGCGCAAUUUAUCUAGAUAGCAAUAAGGAUUUGAAGACUGUUUGGAGGGUGUUUUACAAGAUUAUCUGGCGCGAAAUUGAUCUUUUUAGCAAGAAUGUGCCAAAAAAUGUCAUCAGGAGAUUGUACGAGUGCCAUACUGUUUACCCUCCGCAAUUUAGUAAAGCGUUGGAAGUUGGUAAUCAAAAGACUAUGGUUUCUUUAGACUUUAUGUGUGAAGGUAGAAAGAAACGAGUUCAUGGGUUUGGAACGAACAAAAUCUUGGCUAAAAGGGCCGCUGCCAAAAUUGCUCUUCGUGCUUUAAAGUUGUAAUUAACGCACGAAGUCACAAUGCGCUUAUAUUGAUUCAGUUACUCGCUAGGAUUGUUUGAAAAAUGCUGUUUUCCAUUGUUCAACUAUAUACCGUCAGUUAAAUUCAUUCGCUUUGAUACCUAUCACAAAAAUGGUGAAUUUAACUCACGCUGAUAAUUAAGUAGGAGAAUUUUUAAAUUACAGCCAACCUUUAAUUUGUCAUUAGGUGGUUCCAAAAAUAAUUCGUUUUCAAAUUAAAACUGUUUCAAGUUAACCACUCAACCGCAUUUUAAAACUGACUGGUUAACAUAAAACUGUUUAAUUUAAAAACUGUUGCGAACUUUAGUCUAUACUUUAUGAUGAUGUUAAUUUACUUUGUAUAUUGCUUGAAGCUUGUAUGAAAGUGUGAUUUCCCUAUUACAUUGUUCUUUAAUUGAUGAAUAAAAAUAUAUAUUUUUUGCAUCUAA